GCUAGAUUCUUAUCGAGAAAUUAUAUUCAGGCACUCCACUUCACGCUCCCAAAAUCCACGACAAGGUCAAUUCAAGGGCUAGUCGGUUUCCAUUGAUAUACAUGUGCAGUUGGAGCUGUCUUAUAUCAAUUGGAAAUCCUAGAUUUGAAGGUCGGUGAAAAUGCGCCCUUCACCUAGCCAGUCGAGUAGUGAGACGAGCAGGCAGGCUGCGAGGAGGGAAAAAGGCUUGAACAAGAUACCUGCCAUGCAAAGGGUGGCUAUGGCGCUUGAACAGGCAUCCUCAUCACCUUUGAGAGCGAAAUCUGUGGCGGAAGUCCCUGGAAUCAAGAAGAGCAUCGAGGUGGUCGACGAUAGCGAAGCAGGUGUUGGUUUUGCGAUCGGUGCUCUACCUUCGCUAUUACCACUUACCAACGGCGCAUUUCAAAAUGCUGUAGAGGAUACCGAAUCGGAUAUUCAUCCCGAUUUUGUGGCCCCUCCCUCAUCGCAUCCACGCUACUCGACUCCUCCCACAUCAUCAGACGAGACGACCCCAAGGUCAGAAGAUGAAGAUGGCGGCGUCAGCACGGAUGUCUUUGCCGACUUCGGUAUUCAGUCUGACAGCGACAGGGCGUUCUUGCGUGCGCACCUUCCGCCCAAGGAAGAUGUCAAUUUCCUCCUGAAAACCCGCGAAGAAGCUCAAGUAGCCACACCAGUGAAAUCGAAACCGGUCCCUUGGACGCCAAAGUCGCAAACUCGUAGCGACCUACCUGGUACUCCUAGGUCUCUCUUAAAAUACCACCAGCGCGCCGCCAUAAUCGCAGAGUUCGCACAGAAGCACGCCGCUGAGACUAUACCUGGGGCCCCGAACGUCAAUCAACUGGAAGGCUAUCUUGAGGAGGUCCAGACGUUUGGCAUUGGGCUGGGGUUGGGGGUUAACCAGGCACUGGUUGAAGCUAAGAACGCACAGGAGAAGCUGUGCAAGGCCAAGGGAGUCAAGUUGGAAAGCAAGCUGACUGCACUCGAGAUGCCUGGGUUGGAGUUGACGGAUGCUAUUGAGGUUCUCGCAAACGUUCAACAGACGGUCGGUAACUUGUUUAACGCGAGUGGGGUACCGCAAGACACAGCACAGAAUACCACUCCUACAAAGCGGAAACGCUUUCGUAAGGAGGCAAAUAAGCCGAAAGUGGAGGGUGACAUUGGUGGAACUCCUUCGAGCGUGGAUGCGAACAAGCCGAAAGUCGAGAGUGAGAUUGGAGGGACACCUCUGAGCGAGACAGCAACUACGGAAAGCCAACCAGAAAAGGUCAUGCUGAACGAUAGGAGAUCGAAACGACAAAAGGCAAAUAUAGCUGCUAAAGCGGCAGAGGCCGAAUUUGCUAAACUCAACCCUGGAGCCCCUAAACUUAGCAGACACGAACGCAAGAUAGCAUUCAUACAAAACAAAGCAAAGGAAGCAUCAGCAAAUACUCCUACAGUUGCGCCAAUUACCGUUAUAGCAGCUGCUGUCGCGGCAAAGACUGAAUCGGGCGAACCUGCCGCUGAGUCCCCUAAACUGACUAGGCGCGAACGAAAGGCGGCAUUCAUACAUAACAAAGCCAAGGAGGCAUCAGCAACUACGCCCCCGGUUGCGCUAACUCCCAUUAUAGCAGAUAAUGAAGCGUCAGCGAAUACACCCACAGUUGCGCCAAUUGCCAUUAUAGCAGCAGCCGUCGCGGUAGAGGCUAAAGUGGCUGAACUCGACCUUGGAGCCCCUAAACUGACUAGACGCGAACGAAAAGCAGCAUUCAUACAAAACAAAGCCAAGGAGGCAUUAGCAAAUGCGCCCGCGGUAGCGCCAACCCCCGUCAUAGCAGUUGCUGUUGCGGCAGAGGCUGGAUCGAGUGAACUCGACUCUGGAGCCCCUAAACUGAGUAGACGCGAACGAAAGGCGGCAUUCAUACAAAACAAAGCCAAAGAGGCAUUAGCAAACAAACCCCAAGCUGCGCCAACUACUGUUAUAGAAGCUGCGGGCACACAAGCAGACCCAGCAACAAAUUCCCAAAUCCCGCAGGUCGCCGUUACAGCGCCUACUGGGCAGAUCAAUGCUGCAGACGUGCCUACACCAGCCACUAUCAAGGCAGAUAAUGAAGCGGCCGCCGAGAAGUCUUCGAAUAAGAGGAAGAGGGGCGCUAAGAACAAGCCCACCCCUGGGCCGGGUGAUCCUGCUUCGGCAACGGCUGCUAAUAAGCCUAAACUUAACGGUACUACGAAUAGUAGCACGUCAAAAGUUGCAGCCCCAAUCCUUCCACCAGCUAUCAAGCCUCCGGCUGUAGCCGCUCUCAACGGCCCAAAGCCAGUUGUGGCUGCGGAUGAUGGAUUUGUUGAUCUCCGAGCACCAAAGAAGAAGAAGCGGGCACGGAAGUCAACUACUGGAACUGAUGCUGGCUCAAAUUCAAAUGCGUCCGAGCUUGUGAAGACCGAGGCUAUUAUUAAGCCAGAACCUAUUGCGCCUGUCGAGGCUGUAGACACCCAACAUGAAGCAGAGGUCAAACCGAUUGUUAAGGAAGAGGCCAACGACGUCGGUUUGAAUGCAGCCGGCAAGCGUAAGAGAAAGCGUGGCCCGCCGCCUCCCAAGAAGGCACUUGAUACAAACACGCAAAUCCCCACCAGCACACCCGCUGCUGUAGCAGCCGUGCCCGAACCUAUGGAUUUAUGUGUAGACGAACCAGCCAGCAAACCCGUCGCCGCUCCUAUAAUCCCAACUACGCAACCUCUAUCAGAGAUUCCAGCACCAAACCCCGCGAGCAACAAACGCCGCAAGCGCGGUAAUCGGAAAUCUGUCGGUGAUGAAAAUAAGACUGAAGCACUCGUGGCAGUCGAUGAGCUAAAAGAACACCACUCGUAG